AUGGCUCCUCAGCAACUCCGCAACGUGGCCGCGGGCGUCUCCAGGCUGUUCAAGCGGAUCGAGGUCCCUCUCGAACCCAAUUCGCCGCCGGGGCUUGUCCAGGCCAACACCGUCGACCCCUGGAUUGACUCGGGUAAAUAUGCGCUAGGAUGGACGUACUUUGCGCUCGCGCUCGUGGGGUGCGUUCUCGUCGUCAGGGUGUGGCAUUUCUGGCAGGACAAAAUCCGUCAGGCCAUCUACAAGCAGGAAGUCGAGGAGCAUUAUCGCAAUUUGUACAACAUUGACCCGGAAUUCGCCCUCGCCGCGAUGCGAUCCGGUCAAACGGCGCAGCAUUUCUUCCCCGAGGGCGCAGAAGAGCAGGAAAAGUCAUUCCGACCCAAGGCGCAUGGCUCUUCUGUAGGCAUCGUCAACGACGCCCUCGCUCUUUUCCGAUGGGUGUUUUAUAGACCCAUUCCGGACCUGGUAUGGAGGAAACACCGAUUAGUGUUCUCUUCGCUCGCCGUUCUGACCUGCGUUGUCAUCGCCACCGCAUUUGUCACCCUCUAUACGUUCCUGCAGCAGCCAUUGUAUUGGGAGAGCAUCCAGUUCGGAUCGCCCCCGGUCGCGAUUCGGUCGGGCAUGUUGGCUGUUGCACUGACGCCCUGGAUUAUUGCGACAAGUAUGAAGGCGAACAUACUGUCCUAUAUCAUUGGCAUCGGACCGGAGCGACUGAACGUAUUCCAUCGAUGGCUGGCAUACAUCUGCCUCUUCCUGUCAUUGGUGCACACGAUACCGUUUUACAUCCAGCCUGUGUGGGAUGACGGUGGUAUGGAGUUCUUUCAGCGUCUUUUCGAAGGUGGAAGUGGACUGAUCUACGGCACGGGAAUUGCCUGUCUUGUGCCGUUAGUCUGGCUCUGCGUCGCGUCUCUCCCCUGGAUCCGUCGCGUGGCCUACGAAGCCUUUGUCUUGCUGCACAUUCCAGUGGCAGCAGUCUACAUCGGACUGCUGUUCUGGCACACCAAGAACUAUCUCAUGUCUUGGAGCUACCUCUACACCAGCGUGGCCAUCUGGGUUCUAUGCUACGCAAUCCGCUUCUUCAAGCUCAACUGGACGAAACCAUGGCGCAGCAUGGCGUUUAUGGUGGGUGAUGAGGCUGCCAUCACCCUCAUGGCCGAGAACGCCAUCAAGGUCACCGUUCCGACGCAAAUGCGCUGGAAGCCGGGGCAGUUUGUCUACCUGCGCAUGCCGGGCAUUUCGUUCUUUGACAAUCACCCGUUCACAAUAUCGUCUCUAUGCAGCGAUGACUUCCCAUCGCAGUAUGGCGAGCAGUACCGCGACUGCACCAUCGUAUUCAAGCCAUAUGGCGGAUUUACCCGGCGCGUACUGGAGACAGCUAUUGAAAAGGGACCUUUCCACACGUACCGAGCCUUCCUCGAUGGUCCGUACGGCGGCAUGCGCCGUGACCUUGCUGCCUUUGACACCUGCAUCCUCAUCGCUGGCGGGAGUGGUAUCACGGCGCUCAUGAGUCAGCUGCUGAACCUGAUCAAGCGCAUGCGCGACGGCAAGGCCAUCACCCGCAAGAUUGUGGUGGUUUGGGCCAUCAAGCGGCUAGAAGCCAUGGAUUGGUUCCGCGAGGAGUUGCGCAUUUGCCGCGAGUCUGCACCCCCUGAGAGCGUGACCUGCAAGAUCUUUGUCACGUCGGCCGUCAGGCAACGCCCGGGCCAGGAGAUCAAAUCUAACGUAGCGCAUCACCGCGCUCUGACGCAUGCGUUCCACGAUAAAUUAGACGGCUUCGUCGCAGGUGUUGCGUCGAAACGCAACUCGGCCAUGAUCCACAGCGAAGCGCAGGGCAACCCAGAUAGGGAACGGGAGCUGAGGGAGGAGAACGAGGACCGCAUCACAGCUCUGCCGCAGCAGCAGUAUAUGCAACCUCACAACAUCCCUCCUCCCCCACCUGGGCCACCGCCCAACAAUAACAAACUAAUAUCACCCAUUGAGGACAACAAGACUGCCCAACAAUGGCAAGACUACCCCGAGGACAAGAAUAACCUCGAGGGCGAGUUCCACUUCCCUCCCAUGAAGAAGGAGAAUCCGCCUCACUUCAACUACGCACCGAACUCGCCGCGUCACCCACCACCUGAAUUCACCCAAACACCGACGGAGGAGCAGUUCCCUGUGCGGGCACCAGAGCUGGCUCACUUGAGGACGAACAUUCCGCCUGCAGGCGACCGCCAGCGUCCGACGUCAACGUUUGGCCCUCCGUCCGGCUUUGACUUUGGAUUCCCCGAAACGCCGACUGAGUUCCAGAAGAAUCUGAUGCGGUUUGCUUUCCCCGUGCCGCACCAGAUAGACGGCGGCUGGAGUGUGGAGUAUGGCCGACCCGAUCUAGGCUACAUGCUCAAGGAAUGGGCCACCGGUGGCGCCGACGGACGGGGCAUUCUGGGCAGGAGGACGGCCGUCUUUGUCUGCGGGCCCGCCGCGAUGCGGACGGGUGUGGCCGAGACGGUCGCGCGACUGCAAGCAGAGAUUUGGGGGGAUGAUGAGUUGGAGGAGAUCUUCCUGCAUACGGAGAACUAUGCGCUAUAA